AACUGGCUCAUCCAUACAAAUGCCUAGUUCACUGAACUUGGUUUUCACAAAAGGUAAAUGGACAUCUAAAUAUGUGUAUCGACGAUAGUGAAGGCUAAACAAGGAUUUAAUCUAAAAAUGCAAGUGAUUAAAGCCAUCACGUUAGGAUCUUGGGAAAAUUUAAAGAAUGAGCACAAAUUUCGGCCGGUGUCGUCUAAAAUUUCCAGUCAUAGGUAGAUGUCGCUAAAACGAUAUGCUCUAGUUACCGUAGUCAGUGUUCCAAGAUGGUGACACCGACUGAAUUAUCGUCACUAUGCCCGAACGCAAAUUGCUGAGUUUCAGCUGUAUUAACAUGGUGUUAGCGCUGGCUAUCAACACUUUUAGAGACAACGGUGACCAAACACGAAAUGUUUAACAUCCUUGGAGAGUUCAGGUUUCACAAGUAUAGGGCAGAACUGUUCUCACUUACUCGUAAACCGGACUUGCUACAACCAGGCUAACAUCACGAUGGGACCAAAAAUGCCUCAGAUCCUAUUCCUCUACUCCCCUUUGUUUUUUCGCAGUGUUAUCUUAUUUGUGUACCGCGUAUAUUUUUAUUGCUCACUUGUGUCAGAUUGCAUGUGAAUCUAAUAAAUCAGUAAAAACUAUCUAAACAAAAGCAGUUCUAGACAACUGUUUGUAUUUUACUAACAAAUAUAUCGUUAAUGAUACCUUCGUGAUCCGUAUGGUUUAUGUACUAUUUUUGUCCAGCUUCUUGAUAGUGUUCGGCAUUAUUAUGUAUACUAUUAACACUACUCAUCUGAUCCCUAUGAUUCAUGUAUUGUAGUGUAAUGUCGCCUACCACAGUUUGAUUGAUGACCAAAAAUUUCUGACUUUGAAAGAACCAUUACACAAUAUAUUCCUCAGAACGAGUCCUAUCAUUUCAUUAGCAUCUUCACCUUUAAAACUUGGAAAAUAGCCCGGGAAGUAUUCUCCGGAACAUAAGCAUGUUAAAUCACAUAACUGGUCCGAUUUUUAAAGUAAUAUCAUUCUCAAUCACAAUAAUAUACGAUGCCAUUGCUUCACCAUAUCCUGUCCCUACAUUCUUUUUAACGACAAGUCCGUAAUCUUCGCUAUGAUGAUUUAUAAAAUUUUCACUAAUGAUUAACUCGGAUUUGGUAUUAACCAAGGAAGAGGUUACUGUUGUAUUCGUAAAGGGGAUCCAAUUCUUACAUUGUCCGUGGGCGACUGAUUCUAGAUACUUAUUCUAAAACCGUGGUAAGGGUCAAUAUGAUAGACUUAAGUAGCAUUUUAUGUUGUCAACUUAUAUGUUAAUUUGCCCAGUCGUUCCCACUAGCUUAACAGACUUUUUGUCAGUGGAUUUUCAUGUCAAAUCUCAUUUAUUCUUGUCUCUUUAUUUCUUACUCAGCUCCUGUGGCAUGCGUUAGGCCGAGAUCUUGAAAAAUAAACAUAACGUUUGCAGUUAUGAACUUGCGUUUUAUCCAUCCAGAUAGUGAAGAAAGACUUGGUUUCGACCUGUCAGAAGAAGUGCCUGAACCCAAUGAGGACGGGGGUUGCGGUAGCUCUAUUCUACAGUUUUCGACUUCUGAUUCUUUCCAUUCUGUGGAGCAACAACGCCAACACCUUCCUGUUUUCACCAAAAGAAGUCAGUUCUUAUAUCUCCUUGAAAAUUCCAGGGUUUUAGUCGUUACUGGAGAGACUGGGAGCGGAAAGUCUACACAACUUCCUCAAUACGUCUAUGAAGCCGGUUGGUUGGACUCAAAAUCCAGUAAUUUUAAUCCAUUUGGAGUUACCAUGGCUGUGACACAGCCAAGGCGUGUAGCUGCAUUAAGUUUGGCUACACGUGUAGCUGAAGAGAAAAAUUGGCGAAUCGGUAAACAAGUUGGAUAUAUCAUACGUUUUGAAGAAUGUUGGACACCAAAUUCAACCGUCAUCUCAUAUCUUACCGAGGGUAUGAUGAUACAGGAACUGUUGCGUGAUCCGCUUCUCACUCGCUUCCGUGUAAUCAUGUUAGAUGAAGUUCAUGAAAGAUCUUUACAAACAGAUAUUUUGUUGGGUCUUAUUAAGAAAGUAUUACGUAAACGGCCAAUUGACUUGCGAGUUAUAAUCUCUUCUGCUACUUUAGAAGCUGAAAAAUUUAUAGAGUAUUUUUCAAAAAUGAAGAUACCUGAAGUUGAAACCGAAAAUCAAGGGCUAAAAUUAACUCCUGUUUCACAUUUAAAUGUGGAAGGACGUCAAUAUCCUGUGUCCAUAUUUUACUCACUUGAUCCCGUUCCUUGUUAUUUAUUUGCAGCUAAAGAGACUGUUUUUCGGAUACAUGAAACAAAACCAUUAGGUGGUGAUAUACUUGUCUUUGUCACAGGUCAGAAUGAAGUUUCCCAACUGGUUGGCAAUCUAAUUGAAGAAUACCGGAACCGCAAGGAGCGUUUCUUAAAUACUCAGCAACAAAGUUCCAAAACAAAGUUACCUACUAACUACCCACCUUUACGUUGCUUACAGCUUCAUGGUUCCCUUCCUCAACAUGAACAGCUUCGUAUUUUUGAACGACCAACUCGGUCUUGUCGUAAAGUUAUUGUGGCCACUAAUGUUGCGGAAGCGUCAGUUACAAUUCCUGGGAUUUCUUAUGUGAUUGAUUGUGGCUUUUCAAGAAUUCGAGCGUAUAAUCCUGUCAAUGGGCUUGAAGCUUUAGUUACUAUACCUACAUCUCAAGCUUCAGCACGUCAACGUGCUGGUCGAGCCGGACGUACAAGAACUGGACAGGCUUAUCGGCUUUAUACUGAAGAGGCAUACAAUAAACUCUUGCCACGUUUUACACUACCAGAAUCUUUACGUGUUGAUUUAUCUGGUGCCUUGUUACGUUUAAAAACGCUUGGUAUCGAUCGUUUAGCUCAGUUUGAUUGGCUCGAUCCACCACCUGCAUCACAUGUAGGUCAGUCUGCUGAACGACUUGUUGCUUUAGGUGCUCUCGAUGCUAGUUCUGGUCAUCUUACAAUUCCUCGUGGUUUAAAAUUAGCAGAAGUUUCUACAACGUGUGGUUUAGACCAACCUUCAACUGCAGCUGCAUUAUUAGGCGCUUGUGAUGAAGGAUGUUCUCAGGAGAUUGCUGCGAUUGUCUCUUUAAUGCAAAUUCAACGAAUAUUUACGGUUUCUGAUUAUAAACACACAAGUGAUCGUAUUCGUAGGCAGACGUUCGGUUGUCAGCAAGGUGAUCAUUUAACAGAGUUAAAUGCAUUUGUUGCUUAUGAGAACCAAUCAAAAUUAUUGUCAAAGUCGGAACUUCGAACCUGGUGUCGAGAAGUAGGUUUAAAUGAACGUGGGCUAGCUCAUGCAGUUAUACUACGUGAUCGAAUUGGCUCCAUGUUUCAUCGUUUAAAGUUGCCUUGGGUAAAAGCAGAGCCUGAAGGAAAUCCUAAUCCAGUACUAAGGGCGCUUGUUCGCGGAUUUUUUCAUCAAGUAACAAUUUGUCUCAUUGAACUUUUGUUUUUUAACCUUAUAUAAUUCUUUUUUAGGAUAGUGUUUAAUUUUUUUUAGAAAACCUCAGCCACUAGUACCAGUUUUCUGCAACCGUAAAGUUUAAAUUCAUGAUAUAUAUAUUUUCCUUUGUACGGAUGCUUUUCAUUACGGACUAGUGUUAGCUAAAAGAAAAAAACAGAUAUUUUGUUCUAACUGGCACUUCUAAGCAAAACUCACGCAUCCAUACUGGAUCGAACCAUGAAAAUUUAGGUUAUCCAAUGUUAACUAUCCCAUUCAUAAACAGUAAAUCGGAAUUCAAUAGUAUUCACUUCCAAAUCAAGUGAAUUCACACAUAUUGCUAGACAAAUAUCCAUUACCAUUGGUGGGUAGCUAACUAACUGUAUUAUUCUGAUAUGGUUUGCAGUAACUGCAAUUGUUGUAGUGACACUUCGAACCCAGAUACGGCAGUUUCCUCGACAUCCUCACAACUGGACAUGGUUGUUUCAAUUUAAAUUCAUUCAGUGAACAAUGAUUUUUUGUGAUAAGUGGAGAAAUUUAUUCUCCGUUUCAAAGCAUACUUUUAUGUAUCUUCUAUGACAAUCAAUUUGUUUGGUUAAAGUUACAUAUGUUCAAUUAUUUAAUUGUUUGUUUUCAUAAUUGUUGUUUAUCACGAAACUGCAUAUCCAAUGCUUGGAUGAAGUUUAUCUUUCUUUAGAAAAGAUAAUCUCAUGAAAUUAAACUUGAGUAUACAUAUAAAUGAAUUAUUGCAAUUAGUUCCCUCGAUAAACUUUUGUAGAGUAAUAACAACAAAUAUUGUGGGAUGAAUUGGAUGUAUUUCAUUAUUUCACGUGUACUAAAUCUUCCACAUACUAACUGAUUUUUAGAAAUAAAGAAAUGUUAGAUGUAUGUAAUACUAUGUGUGAAAUCCAUAAAGUCAUUUACUACACUGGUUUCAAAUAAUUACAAAUAAUUUUCAUAUUCGUGCAACCUCAAGUCAUCGAUGACAUGAAUAGACGAGAAAGGGAGCGAGACUAUGAUAUGAUUGAAUAUCAAAGUUAUGUAUAAAUUGUCAUGAUUACUAUGAGAAAAAUAAAAGUGAUAAUAAUUACCCAAAAAUAAAAUGUAUCUUACAAAAUUAAAUUUGUCAAAUAAUUCAUUUAUUAUUACAAAUCAGCGUAUAUAUAAAAUGAACUUUUUAUACAGUUCAUAAAUUUAGCGAUAUUCGAUAUAAGAAUUAUACUUUAUGUUCAAAUAUUGCAAUAUGUAGUGACCAGAAUAAUGCACAAUAAGCAGUAGAUUCUAAUCUAUUACCCAACUGGAAUAUACAUUGUGUGAUUUUGAUUUCUUAUGAACAACGAGAGGAACACUUGGAUAUAGACAUUCAUAGUCCUAACAUUGUAUAUAGAGUAAUCCAAAUAUCUUUUUGGUAUAUUUAAAUGAAAUGUGAUUAGUACUUCUGGACUAGUUAGAUAAGUAAUAUCAGCGAUGGAUACGAAGUAGCAGUGAAUCGAUGUUUGACCCUGAUUUAGUGUUUCUCAGGGGCACAAUAAUAAACAAUUCGAUUCCGACCCAGUGGUUUAAUGGCACUGUGCUUGUCUCAGCACUUGAAGAUCAUGACUGGUGCUGCGUUUUGGUUCGGCCACCCCUAACCUUCCAACCUACUCCUACACUAAAUAACUUCGCCUAUCGAGUUAGGUGAUGGUUAAGCAUAUGUAACACGUAUUCCGACCACUUCAGUUGAUCACCGUUCAUUACCUUGUCAACUGACUUGCCAUCUUCACCUAGUACCCUACCCCUAACCUCGGCGUUGCUGAGUCGUUGGUCCUAAAAUACGCGAGCGAUGUGUUGGAGGAUUCUUAUGAUUGAAUACUAGUAACCUACGAAUAUCCUCUACUAUUAAUGGUCAUAUUUAUGAGUGAUGAAGUAGAAUAGCGGACUGCUGCGCAGUAAACUCAUCCUUCGAAUGACAGACGGGUAUUUUACCUACAUCACAAGUUGGCAAAAUCAGUUGAGCUUUUUGAAUCCUUGACCGGGAUUCCGCCGAACAUUAGACCACGAGGACUGAUGAAAAUUCCAAAGCAAAUUAAGUGGCCAGCACACUUAACCACUUCACUUCCUGUCAUUAAUUUAGUUGCUGACUCAGGCUUGUCUCUAGGUAGCAUUUCGCAUUUGGAGGGAUACAAUCGCAUUUCAAACAUGCUUAUAUUUCUGCUUAGGGCGGUAAGAAGACUGAGUUUUGUUAGCCUCUUGACCAAAUGGUGCUAUGUUAUCUACGUAUUUUAAGUCAAUAAGGAAGUCUCCUGAUAAAAUAUCGACCCAUCUUAAGCCAGAUAAUGAGAUUGUUAUCUCUAAAAGAAUGUCUGUGAAAAAUUUAAAUAAAAACUAGAAAAUUGGAUAGUCUUGAUAAACACCACUUGAAGUUAUCACCUCUAACUUAACCAUUAAUAUUCGAAUAGAAAGCCUGAAAAAGGCUGAUGUACUAUAAAGAAUUUGAAAGAAGAAUUCGAUAUCUACUCAACUCUUUCUAGUUCCCAGUUGUUCUGUAGUUAAUAUCAACUUUUCGCACCGAUCAUCUUUUAAAGGAACAAAUCUCUAUAGAUCACACAAGUGUAUAUAUUGAUGAAAUGUGUAUGAGGUUCAAUUCUGUGAUGUAUGUGAAUGAUAGCCUGUUAAAUGUCAUUUUAGUUAGUGUAUUUGUUUCAUGUAGUUUAUUUAUUUAUUUGUUUUUUUUUACAUUCUAUUAACAAAAGGCUGCUCGUCUUGCUUCAUCUGGUUCACAUUAUUUAACUGUAAGAGGAGAUCAUCAAUUACGCUUACAUCCUAACUGUAUUUUAUACUCGUCUACAACACGGUGGCCUGCUUAUAUCUUAUUUACAAAUGUAUUUCUCACACCUAAUUUAGAUUAUAAUAAUGAUACUAAAUCAAAUAAUAAUAAUAAGAAUGACCUGUCAAGUACUUGUAUCAGUGGUGUCAGUGUUAUACAACCAGAUUGGUUGCUGGAAUUAGCUCCACAUUAUUAUCAAUUCGGUACAGAUAGAGAACAUUUAGAACAUUCUUUAGGAAUAAAAAAAUGAUGUAUAUAUAUUGGUCAAACCAACUAGUUAUAUAUAUAUAUAUAUAUAUAUAUAUAUAUAUAUAGAAUUUCCUUAUGUAUAGUAAAAUGUAAUCUUCAUAUUUGAAGGAAGCAAUCAGUUUUUGUUUAAAUUACAAGUGGUCGAUGGUUAUUAACAUUUAUGUAAAUAUAUUUGGCUGCAUUUCUUUGUUUUCUACCAAAUUAUUCUGUACAAAUCCAAUCUUGAGAUGUUUUGUAUUAAAUAAAUCUUCAACGGUUUGGUAUGAUUUCAUUAUCUUCCAUUUGGGCUAGAUUUAUUCGGCAUGCGUAGACGUAAAUAUAUGUUUGUGUAUUCAA